AUGAUAGAUGUCAAUGCAAGCGACAGGGAGAGCAAGGAUAGGAAGCGGAACAAACGAGGUGGAAUUGAUUGGAAGCGAUUGGCACAUCACAAGCCUCACUCCAACAGCAACAAUAACAAUGACAACAUAGAGUUGACAAUGUUUAAAGAUGUGAACUCAUCAUCUUCAUCUUCAACAUCAACCACAUCAUCCAAUGACACAUCCAUCAACAAUAACAAUAGUAAUAAUAAUAAUAGCAGAUACUAUAUACAUCCACACCUGUCACCAUUCCAAGAACCUAAUGGUGCCAAUAUCACAACGUCGUCAUCAUCGACUGGUAUGAUGACUGGCGAGUUCUACCUGUAUCCCAACACAUUGUCAAUGUCAUCCUCCACAUCAGUCUCAUCCACACAGCGCAAUAUAUACCAAUACAGCAGCAGUAACAGUGAGGAUGACUAUGACGAUGAUGAAGAUGACGAUGACUACAUGGACAACUAUCUCCAUAUCCAUCACCAUCCCAAUCACACUCACACUCACAAGACCAACCCUAACUCCAUGGAGAUUGACUCAUGUUACUCGGGUGAUCCACUCGUGUCCGAGGUGCUCAAGGAUGAGCGCGAGGCGAUAAGUUUCAUGGAGCGACGCGCCAUUGAAUUGGAGAACGUGGAGAUGACCAUCUCGACGCUGAGCGAGACGAGGGAAGCCAUCCGCAAGGACAUCAGACUCAAGCGUGGGUUCCUCAAACUCAUCCAGCGCAAGAAGUUUGAGCACAUCAAGACCAUCACCAACAGCUACAACAACAUUGCCACGCGCUAUAAUCUUACGUCACAGGAUGCCCGCUCCCUCACACUGAUCCUGCCCGAAGAGGUCAUGCUACUCAUCUUCCGCUUCCUCACGCCAAACGACCUGUGUAGUGGCGUGUGUCGCGUUUGUCGCAAGUGGCGCACACUAGCCUUUGACAUCUCAUUGUGGCGUUCAAUCUGUCUUGAACGCGAUCUCCUGGACAACACAUCAUUCAUUGGCUCAUCGUCAUCAUCACACCAUUCAAACAACAACAGGCACAUGUUGGCGAUCAAUUGUAGUAUCGAGGAUGAAGAGAUGGACAUUGGUAACAACAAUAACAACAACAACAUAACUGCGAUGGAUCACAACAAUCAUGGAGACAAGCCAUCAUCAUCGUCAUCAUGGCCAAGCCAAUUCAGCCAACAAUCACCACAAAUACAACAACUCGAUCAAUCACAUUCCAGCUACAGCUCAAGCCGGGCGGCAUGGGGCGAGAACUGGUACGUUGGCGAAUAUCGAAAGGACUCGAACUGGAGACGCGGCAAGUACAGCACGACUGUUUUGCGCGGCCACAAGGAGAUUGUGUGGAGCCUGUUAUUUGAACCCGAGACCAACACACUGAUCAGUGGCUCAGAGGAUAUGACCGUCAAGGUGUGGGACUGCUCGCGGAUGGGCGACACUCACAUGUUCUAUGAUGACCUCGAGGACAGCAAGAAGCGUUGUAUCAGAACAUUGUCUGGCCACAAGAAUGGCACCAUAUGCCUGGGAAGCACGCCAACUCGUCUGGUCAGUGGCAGUGCGGACGGCUCAAUCAAAAUAUGGGAUCGCUUCGACGGCGCAUGCAUUGAGACCAUCCAGACACACUCCAGUGUCUGGUGUCUACAGAUCGUCAAUGGCAAUCUGAUCUGCGGCUGCGUGGAUGGCACGAUGCGCGUGUUUGACCUCAACACCACCAGCUGUCUACGAACACUGCGCGGCCACACGGCGCCAGUGCGCUGUCUACAAGCGAUCAAUCAUAAUGGCCAGGAGCUGGUCGUAUCGGGCUCCUACGACAAGACCAUCAAGAUGUGGGACAUGGACUCGCGGUGUAUCAACACGAUCCGUGCGCACACGCACAAGAUCAACUGUCUACAGUACGACAGCGGCCAGCUGGUCAGUGGCAGCCACGACAGUCUGCUCAAGGUGUGGGACAUGACCGGCCAGCUGAUCCAGACGCUUCAGGGCCACGAGAACAUGAUCCACUGUCUACAACUACGUGGCAAUAAGCUGUUGAGUGGCUCCACAGACAGCACCAUCAAGUUAUGGGACCUCAAGACUGGUACACACGUCAACACAAUCAAAGGCCAAUCCGCCGUCUGUUGUCUCAAGUUCAACGACUCUAAACUAAUCACCGGCUACGAGGAUUCAACAAUCAAGGUAUUUGACUUUGCAUUCUAA